GUCAAGAGAUGGCUAUUGAUGUCUAUGACCCCAGACAUUAUGAAACGUUACCUUCACUUGCCUACGGCUCGUGAUAUUUGGGCAGCUUUAUCUAAGGCUUUCUAUGAUGGAUCGGAUGAGUUGCAAGUAUAUGCCUUGAAUCAAAAAGCUUUCUCCGCCAAACAAAAGGGCAGAGCAAUCUCUGUGAAUUAUGGAGAAUUGACUGAAAUUUUUGGUGAAUUGGAUCACCGUGAUAAAGUGAUCAUGGAGAAUGCGAAAGAUGUUGAAACUUAUAGAAAAUCAGUGCAACGUCAACGGGUGCACAUUUUCCUUGCUGGAUUAGAUGGCGACUUCGAACAAAUUCGUGGUGAAAUUUUGCAAAGGGAUCCUAUUCCUAAACUCGAGGAGUGUUAUGCUUUGAUCCGUCGUGCAGCUGUCCGCCGCACAAUGAUGAAUGGUGACUUUGAAGAUCUUGAAGCCUUAGCUAUGGUGGCACACAACCGGCCUCCUCAAACUCAUCCCAAAAAAAAUGGUGUAGACAAAAAUUCUUACAAAUGCACUCAUUGUGAUCAAACUGGCCAUACCAAAAGUAGGUGCUUUGAGCUUGUCGGGUAUCCGGACUGGUGGGAUCACAAUUGUGAUUCCCACAAGAAGAACUCACGAAAAUCCAACCCCACCACUGCUGUUGUUGAAACCCAAGAGGAGAAUGAUGCUGGUACAGCUUCCGCACAUGCCGCAACUACAACUUCGACUGGACAUCCAAACCAAGCAGACGAUUGGGUGUGGUAUUAAACGUGGGAAGCUGUAUUACCUCGACUUGGUGCAGAAUAGUUCGAAUAAAUUACAUCCAGUAUUGUCCAUGGAUAGUUCUCAAGGGGAGAAGGACAGCUCGGAAAUCAUGCUCUGGCAUCGACGCUUGGGAUAUACCUCAUUUGGUUAUUAAAAAAAAAUAUUUUCUCGUUUAUUUGCAAGAUGUAGUACCUCUGUUUUUCAGUGUAAUGUAUGUGAACUUGCAAAGAG